AUGUUCACUAUCACACAUGUAACGCAGCCAACUGUGGAUACGAGGCAUCCACUUCUUCUAUUGCAGUCCGAACAUGGGGAUCGUUUCCUGUUUGGGCAAAUACCUGAAGGAACUCAAAGGACUUUUCCAGAGAACAAGACCCGACUCUCCAAACUUGAGAAUAUUUUUCUUACUGGAGAGAUGAGCUGGAACUCCAUCGGUGGUUUGCCUGGUAUGAUUCUAACGCUAUCAGAUCAAGGUAUUAAAUGCAUGAAUCUCAUCUAUGGUAAUGACAUCGUGAACUAUAUUGUGAGCACCUGGAGGUACUUCGUUUUUCGUUUUGGUAUGAGGUUAAACACCAAAAUUCUCAAAGAUGGCGAUGUUUUUGAAAACAAACUUAUGAAAGUGCGAUCGAUCGUUGUGAACAGCCCCAGCCAAUUUAGCUCCAUGAAGUCAUUGACUUCGCAGCUCAACACGGGCCUCAAAUAUAUUGUAUCAAAAAUGUUCCCCGAGCAUGAGCCGACCGCUAGGCAUGACCCAGCAUCAGAUCCACAAGUGAAUGUUAAUCUGCCGCGGGAAUAUGCAAUUCCAAAGCAGUCAACAUCUUAUGAAAUCAAUUUUAAUCCGAUUCGAGGUAGGUUCAAGGUCGAAGAGGCAAUGAGGCUUGGAGUGCCUAAGGGCCAGCUGUUUGCUCAGUUAACAAAAGGACUGAGUGUAACGCUACCAAACGGUGAUGUGGUAAAAUCUGAACAAGUUCUUGAAAAACAGAGGAGCUUUGCAAAAGUUUUAAUUUUGGAUAUACCAUCAGACUCAUAUUGGCCACAGUUCCUUGAGAAGUUCCAAGUCUACGAAAAAAGCUCACUGGGUGCAGUGUAUUAUUUUCUUGGUGAAGGCGUCUCUAUUGGUCAACCACUUUUGUCACUUAUGCAACAAUUGGAUGGUGAAAAGACACAGCACUUUGUUUCCCAUUUUGAAGUUUGUCCCAAUGGUCUUGUAUUUCAAAGUUCUGCUGUUACGACUUUGAAGCUGAAAGCGGUUCAAAAUAAAAACUAUAAUUUACCUCGCACAGAUCGGGUUUUUUCGAAGGAUUUUUAUGAGUGCUUUCAAAAAGAGCUCCCACAGGGCUCUUCUCGAGUUCAACGAAAUGAGAGACCAUUGAGUACUACUAUUGAUAUCAACAAAGUUCAUGUUUUACUUCAAAACGAUGGAAUUAUUGUCGAACCUUAUACAGAUGGUGAGAAUGAGAUCAAAGUCCGCCAUUCAAAAUCAUCCAAAAAAACAAAAACCUGGGCAGAACUUUACGAGCAGCAUGUAACCCCUUUAGGUAUUCCAGGCGCAACCUAUAAUUCCACUGUUGAGAGUCAAAAAAAUGUUAAUAAUUUCAAUUCUGAAGCAAAGAAAGGGAAAAUCGAGGUUGUAACUCUGGGAACUGGCAGCUCGCUACCAUCAAAAUAUAGAAAUGUUAUUUCCACUCUUGUCAAGAUCCCAUACAACAAUAAGGGCAAAAUUGAUAACAGGAAUAUAUUACUGGAUGCUGGCGAGAAUACUUUGGGUGCCAUUUUAAGAUUGAUUCCUUCAGUGGACAUUCCUGGCUUCUUUCGAGACUUGAAGCUAAUUUACUUAAGUCACCUGCAUGCAGACCACCAUCUGGGCAUUGCUAGCAUUCUGAAUGAAUGGCAUAAGCAGAACCUUACUGACCCAUCUGCCGUUCUUUACAUUGUCGUUCCAUGGCAAUACAACAUUUUUGUAAAAGAAUGGCUGAGUUUGGAAAAUAGUGAGAUUUUGGAGAGGCUGCGGUAUGUGAGCUGCGAGCAUCUUGUUGAUGGUGGCUACGUAAGAAAAGAACUGAAACCAGUUCCGUUCGAAGAUUUUGCGGCAGCAACAAAACCUGCAUUAAAAAAACGGCGCCUUGAAUUUGACGAGAAUUCUUCCUUCAGGGAUCGGGAAACAAUUACUCAAAUGUAUCGAGAUCUCAAGAUUUUGAGAUUCCAAACUUGCCGCGCCAAGCACUGCGACUGGGCAUACUCAAAUUCAAUCUCAUUUUUUACUGGUUCAGACUCAUCUGGCAUUUUUAAAGUCUCGUAUUCCGGAGACACACGGCCAAAUGUUGAAAAAUUCUCCAAAACAAUAGGCCGCCAAUCUGAUCUUCUCAUUCAUGAAGCAACUUUGGACAACGACCUUGUCGAGGACGCCAUCAAAAAGAGGCACUGUACAAUUAAUGAGGCUAUAGAGGUCUCCAACAAAAUGGGAGCGCGGAAACUUAUUUUAACUCAUUUUUCACAGAGAUAUCCGAAACUCCCGCAAAUUGGUAACAGCAUUGAGAUCGAGGCUCAGGAGUACUGUUUUGCAUUCGAUGGCAUGAUAGUGGGCUUUGAUGAAAUAGGCGAACAAACCCCCCAUCUUCGCACUUUGAAUGAAGUGUUUAUUGAAGAACAAACUUCCGAGGCAAAUGAAGAAGAAUCUGUAUAG